AUGGGCGCGGGGCUUGUAUCGGAGACCCUCCACGCGCCCGCGUUCCUCGCGGGGUGGCGGCGGUGGCGCAUCAGCCGGUGGGGGAAGUCCGCCGUUGUCGACCCCUGCCUCGCCAUCUUCCGCCGCGGAGCGGAUCCGAAGCAGCUCGCCUUUUCCCUCGCCCUUGGCUUCGUCACCGGCCUCUUCCCUCUCUGCGGUCUGACAGCAGCACUGUGUGCGGUGGUGGCGUAUAUGCUGCGCUCCAGGAGCCACGGUCCCACCAUGAUGUUUGCCACGUUUCUCGCCACGCCUGUGGAAGUCAGCCUCAUAAUCCCCUACAUGCGUCUGGGCGAGUGCCUAGCACGGUCUGACCAUCUGGCCAUCUCGCCGGCAGCGCUGCUCGCUGCGCUCUCCUUCUCUCACUCCGGAGGCAAGGCCUCCGCGCGCCUCCUCCUCGGCCUCGUCCACGCGGUGCUCGCAUGGCUGGUGACCGCCCCGCUCCUCGUCUGGCUCUUCUACCGCUUGUUCCUUCCCUUGGCCGUUCGCUUCACGAGACGAGCACCCCUCUCCCAUGUCACCAUGGGUAUAGUCAUAGGCAGUAGCUCCAGUGUUGCUGGUGGUGGUGGCAGCGUUGGUGUUGCUGGUGCGGGUGUGGGUGGUGGUGGCAUUGGCGGUGCUGGUGGUGGUGGGCAUGUUGCUGUUAGCAGUGCAAGCAGCAUCACACAUCCCACUCACACGCACGCUGUGCACUCGCAUGUGAAUGCACAUGCAGGGAUGUAUUCUGCGAGUGCACAAACGGAUCUAACACGUGGGGGGGGGAUAGGGCAUGGUUCGAUUGAUGUCUUGGAUCCCAGGGAGGAAUGA